GCGGGCUCCUCUGUUUCGCACCCGGCGUGGGGGGUGUAGCUCUUCCUCCGCCGGCCGUUCUUUGUGCCCGUAGCCGCUAUGCGGGAUUACGACGAGAUCAUCGCCUUCCUGGGCGAGUGGGGUCCCUACCAGCGGCUCAUCUUCUUCUUGCUCAGCGCCAGCAUCAUUCCCAAUGGCUUCAACGGCAUGUCCGCCGUUUUCCUAGCCGGCACCCCCGAGCACCGGUGCCGGGUGCCCGCCAACGCCAACCUGAGCGCGGAGUGGCUGAACGCCAGCAUUCCCCUGGAAGAGCGCGACGGGCGGCAGGUGCUGAGCCGGUGCAGCCGCUACAGCCUGCAGGCUCUCAUCAAUUUCUCUGCCUGGAAUCUGGUGCCCGGCCGCGACAUCAACCUCAGCCAGGUGAAGAGGGAGGAAUGCCUGGAUGGCUGGGAGUAUAGCCGGGAGGUUUAUCUUUCCACCAUCGUCACGGAGUGGAAUCUCGUAUGUGACAAUGACUGGAAAGCUCCUCUAACUACAUCUUUGUUCUUUGUGGGUGUGCUGCUUGGAUCCUUUAUAUCUGGACAACUCUCAGACAAGUUUGGCAGAAAAGCUAUUCUAUUUGCAACCAUGGGUGUACAGACAGGUUUCAGCUUCCUCCAGAUCUUCUCAACCAGCUGGGAAAUGUUCACAGUGCUUUUUCUUAUAGUUGGCAUGGGGCAGAUUUCAAAUUACGUUGUGGCCUUCAUAUUAGGCACAGAAAUUCUUGGCAAAUCAGUUCGUAUUAUAUUCUCUACGUUAGGAGUUUGCAUAUUUUUUGCAAUUGGCUACAUGUUGCUGCCACUAUUUGCUUACUUCAUCAGAGACUGGCGGAUGCUACUACUGGCUCUUACUGUCCCUGGGGUGUGCUGCAUUCCACUGUGGUGGUAGAAGAUUUGAAAGCCAAGCAACAUCAGGGUGUGUUUUUGGACUUGUUCAGAACACGAAACAUUGCAAUUAUGACUUUUAUGUCUCUUCUUUUAUGGAUGUUUACAUCUAUUGGCUAUUUUGGCUUGUCACUCAGCACCCCCAAUCUGCAUGGAGAUGCCUACUUCAAUUGUUUUCUGUCAGCAGUCAUAGAGGUCCCAGCCUAUGUGAUUGCUUGGCUCCUCCUACGGGUCUUCCCUCGACGUUAUACAAUAUCUGGCACCCUUUUCUUGGGAGGAGGAGUUAUUUUGUUCAUACAGUUGGUACCGCCAGAUCUCCACAUUCUGUCUCUCAUCUUAGUGAUGCUGGGGAAAUUUGGGAUCACAUCAGCCUUCUCCAUGCUUUAUGUCUAUACUGCAGAACUCUAUCCAACGAUAGUAAGAAACAUGGCAGUGGGUUCUACUUCCAUGUCAUCCCGGGUGGGCAGCAUUAUUGCACCAUACUUUGUUUUCCUGGGUGCCUAUGGUAAAUUUCUGCCUUACAUCCUCAUGGGCAGCCUAACGUUAUUGAUAGGGGUUCUCACCCUCUUCUUACCAGAAAGUUUUGGGAAACCGCUGCCAGAGACAUUUGAUGAGAUGCAACAAAUUAAAGGGUUAAGCAAAAAAAAACAUCUCUACAAGGUAGAGAUAUCAGAGCAAAAUGAACUGACCAUCAAGAAUAUGACAUCAUUUUGAUCAUAUCAAUUGAAUGGAGGAGUUUGUUGUUAAGUAUAUUUCUAAAGAUAUAUGAAAAUCAAUAACACUAUUACAGAGACUUUUCCUAAUGAUCCUGCGGUUCUCAAAACACUGAUGUACCAAAUAUGUGGAAUUGUUUUAAAUUGCUGUGUUGGCACAAGUUACUUUUAUCAGUAACUAUUUCUAUUCCUUGGUUUGGGAUUUGCAUUUUUGUGAGGUCUUGAAUAUUUUCAUCUCUUCUUGAGGUGCAGGUAUUGUUAUUGUUAUAUGUGUAUUUAUACGUUAUAUAACUUUUUAGUUUUGUGUUUCUUGAACUCCAAACAUUAUUUUUAAGUAUUCUAAAGUCUGGAAUAAGAUCUAUAAUGUUUCGCUUUAGAAAAUAAAUGGCAGAAUUUUUGUGGAUAGGGCUGUAUCUUCUAAGGCUCACUUGAAAAAUCUUUAAAGGAAAAAUUAACUAUAAUAAAAUGUAACUUUAAACUUUAAAAAGAUAUUUUUGAAAGUGAAGCACAUGUUUUGAAAUUAGUUUAUCUAUUAGAAAUAAAUUAUAACCAUAUUUUCCUCUGUCAACUAGAAAACAACUCUGAAAAUCCAAAAUUUAAAAUUCACUAUCAUUGGUUUCUACCUUUUAGGAAAUUCGCCUGUCAAUGCACACAAUAUGUAGUUUUCUCCACACUUUUGCAUUCUACUUAUUUAUAUGAUCAAUUAAUUCACUGGGCCAAGUAAAACUCUUUAUUUUCUUCAAUGAGAAAUAUAAGUCAGGUGUUGUGUUGGAUUAAGUCAGCCUGCCAGAAGAAACUGUUUUAUGAAACUGGAUUUUUAAAACAUUUUAGGUGAUAAAGUAUUAAAGAUGACGGUGUGCAUGAGCUUGUCAGCAAAUCCUUUGCUGAGAAAGUCAUAUGAUAAGAUAGUGAUUUAAAUCAAGUAUUCAGACAAUUGGGUCUUUAUGUAUAGAUCACAAUUUAUUGUCCAUUAAAUACUGAAAUUCUUUAUCUUUUGUCCACAAAAUCAUAUGCCUGUAUCUAUUACUUGUUUGAAAAGCUUAAAAUGGCAUUUUAUAAAAAUGUAAACUUCUGUAAUUCAGAUUUUGCCUGCAUCAUGGGAGGAAACUGGCUUUCCUGCUUUUACUGCCCAAGUAACAUUCCUAGUAAUAUAUUAAUCAGAUUUAAUUCAUUAAAAAGUAUGCAACCUGCUAACUGUAGCAAAACCGCAGAAUAUGCUGUGUUUCUGUACCGUUAAUCUGAACACAGCAUGCUUUGUUAUAAUACUACUAGUCCAGAACAAUUUGUUUUAUGACCUUAGAUGAAUCUUCUCCAAUGUGAUGAUCCCAAGAAAAUGCUGACUAUUUAUGAGACUGAUGGAGUUUAUAUUCUAAUAUAUCUGAUGGACAAGACUAUCUUGGACAUUAUCUGUGAAGGUUUUGUGAAGGCUGCUUUAAAUUUUACUUAGCAACAGUUUUAAAUAUGGCAAAGAAAGUCUUUAUAAAAGCAGCUUUUUCUAACCGCUCCUUUGAAAACUAAAGAUUAAUAACUUCACAUUCUAUAUGAAACAUCUGUAUCUACCUUGAAAAAGAAUGGCAAAAGAGCAAAGCAGCAUUUAAAUCAACUCCUUACUUUCAAGUGACAAAUUCAGGACUAGUACCUCUUGUUCCUUGUAGGAGAACACUUUGCCUUAUGAAGCCUGUGCAGUGAUGCUAGCAUUAUAUGAAUGUAUGCUAUGUUCAUUUCUUUUUCUAUUUUUUAUGGUUCUGGUACAAAACAUUACCAGUCUUUAACAUGACUCUUCUAAUAUUCAAGUUAUUUGCAAGAUUGCCAGGUUCUGAAUUGCAAGCUAUCGCUGUGGAUCCACAGUGUUUUCUCAGGUUUUUACCUAUGGCAAACAGGCAGGAUACUGAAACACCAUGGGGGGGAGGGAGAGUUCACGCUAAUGACUCUCAAUAAAACUUUCAAAUAAAAUUGUUUAAUAAUGUAUUGUAAUCUGGCAAUAUAUUAUGUAUAAAUAUAUUAUGUAUAAAUAUUUUGAACAAAAUAAUGGAUUCCUAUACAGUUUUACCCUGUUGUAAUUGUAACUGUUUCUAAGACAAUAUUUGUGGUACUUUUUUGGAGAAUCUAGUUUUUCUAGAGUUUUUUCAUUGUUUGAGAGUCUCUUGAUUUUUAGUUCAACACUGUCCAGUUUAGAAAGCUGCACUUUCUAGAAGAUUGUGACUUUGCAAUUUUGUUUUUAAUUUUUGGAGGGAUCACUUCUCAAAGACUAUUACAGUAUUACCUGACCUAGUGCAAGUUGUAAAGACAUUUUAACCUCCUGAUAUAUCCAUAAUUUCUUAUAAUAUAGUUGCUUUCAUCUGAGGUCCAAUUUAGUAAUUGAAGAAAGUCUACUAAAGAAAGCAACAAUUGUAAUUUUUUUGUCUUUCAUUGCUAAGUAGCUGAAGAUUUAUAACUUCCAGGCAUGGUUUUUUGACAUAUUAUGUUCUGUAGUAUUAAUAAUUACUGCAUAAAAUAUUUUUCAGUAAAAUGUACAUUCUUUGCCAAAAUAGAUCUUUCUCAGGGAUUUUUCAUAUAAUGAUUGCAAUCUUCCAAAGACAGGAAAUGGAAGGACCAUUUGGAAUGGAGGAAGGCAAGUCAUUGUCACAUUUUAGUCCUUCCUUUACUUUGUUUUUUUCUGUAAAACAAUUGUGGUGCUAGCCAAAGUUUUAAUUAUGUCUCCUGGUAAGCAGUAUGCACAAUUUUGCAUUCAGUGAAAAACAUUCAUCAGACAUGCAAGUAGGGAAUCAGUACUUCAAUAGAGCUCCAUUUUUUGCUACUGCCUUGAAAGACACUAAAAAGGAAGGAAUCUGGCUCCUAUUAGGUUGCAAUAAAAGGCUACAAGUUAUAAAUCAGGCUGAGCAAAUUCCAUUCAAUUGUUAAUUUUGUAAAGUGCCUUGUAGUCAUGUUUGGUGUUCCUUAUUUAAAAAAAAGACGGAAGUUUCUCAGUUAACCAAAGUGUGAGUUAUCUAUUCCAUAUAUCUCCUCUAACAGCUCUUUUAGAUGUGUUUUGGAUUGCACUUAUACUGUAUCUGAUAAUGUAUUGAAUAUUGAUUGGAAUCAGGUUCUCCAAUUGAAAGAACUGGUUUUGUGAUUAGAAGGGGGAAGGAAGUGCAGUGGUCUUUCCUAUUGGAGGAUCCUCAGAGCAGAUCGAGACAAAGGUGUAAGGCAGAGAGGAAUUCCUAUCUUACAAAUUUAUGUUCUAUGUUGGACUCUUCACUGUUCAUUUGGAUUGUGCCGAUUUGUAUAAAGUUUAUGGAAUCUGUCAUGUAUCACCCUGUAACAGUAUCUCUUUAUUUUCUUCAUUGCGAGUAAAACAUAAACAAAACCUUCAAAACA